CGCCUUCUUCCAUCUUUGUAAACAACUCCACAGUGCGCGUGCGCGUUCGUGUGUCACAAUAAUGGGUGACAAUCUUUUCCAGCCGCUGUGAACCCAACCACCGUGUUCAUCUGGAGAAUUUGGACCAAGCGACGUGCACCUGAGUGCCGAAGACACGAGCAGAAUGGCCUCCGACUCAGUAGCUCAGGCUCCUGGGUUGAGGAUCAUGACCUUCCAUCCGACCAAGGAGGAAUUCAAAGACUUCAGCCGCUACAUUGCUUACAUGGAGUCAAAGGGUGCUCACUUAGCUGGCAUGGCAAAGGUUGUGCCUCCUAAAGACUGGAAGCCUCGUCACACGUAUGAUGACAUUGAUGACCUGGUCAUUCCUGCUCCUAUUCAACAAGUGGUGACGGGUCAGUCCGGGCUUUUCACACAGUACAACAUCCAGAAGAAACCCAUGACUGUCCGCGAGUUCCGCAAGAUCGCAAACACAGACAGGUUCUGCAGUCCCCGAUAUGUAGAUACUGAUGAGCUGGAGAGGAAGUACUGGAAGAAUCUUACAUUUAAUCCUCCACUCUAUGGAGCUGAUGUCAAUGGAACCCUCUACGAUCCGGAUGUGAACGAGUGGAACAUCGGGCGUCUGAACUCUAUCCUGGACACAGUGGAGAGAGAGAGUGGCAUCAAGAUUAAAGGGGUGAACACACCGUACCUGUAUUUCGGGAUGUGGAAGAGCACGUUUGCCUGGCACACUGAGGACAUGGAUCUCUACAGCAUCAACUAUCUGCAUUUUGGAGAACCCAAGUCCUGGUAUGUUGUGCCUCCUGAACAUGGGAAGCGUCUAGAACGUCUUGCUAAAGGCUUUUUUCCUGGUAGCGCCCAAAGCUGUGAAGCCUUCCUGCGACACAAAAUGACUUUGAUUUCCCCGUCAAUACUAAGAAAGUACGGCAUCCCUCUUCAGAAGGUUGCCCAGGAAGCUGGUCAGUUUAUUGUGACCUUCCCCUACGCCUAUCACGCUGGAUUCAAUCACGGAUUCAACUGUGCAGAGUCCACAAACUUCGCCACUCAGCGCUGGAUUGACUACGGCAAGCAGGCAGCAUUAUGUUCAUGUCGUAAAGAUAUGGUGAAGAUUUCUAUGGACUUGUUUGUGCGAAAGUUCCAGCCAGAUCGAUAUAAACUGUGGAAGGCAGGAAAGGACAGCGUGAUAAUUGACCACUCCAAACCCACACCAGAAGCAGCAGAGUUCCUGGAGGAUGGAAAGACACCAGGAGAAGCAGGAGAGCUCAGCAACAGCAGCCUUGCUGAUACCAGAGGAGAGAUGGAGAAAGAAAAAGCAGAUGACAAUGGAGGGGAGAGAAAGACCGAGAAGUUGCCCACAGCACAAAACAAAACAGAUACCAAUAGAGAAGACAAAGUGAUACAAAAUGCAGGUGCACAGCAAGAAAAGACAGAAACACAAGAGGCAUAUGCAAAGGAAGAAGAAACAGAGACCAGACACACCCAGCUACAAGCAGAUGGUGAAGUAGAGAAGACACAGACUGAAACAGACAAGACAGAGAAAAUAGACAUAGAGAAAGAAGCAACCGAUGAAGCCGGAGUCCAAACAGAAAGAAAAGACUCAGAGAUGGACAUACCAGAUCAAGAGGCAGGUCUGACAGAGACAAGCAAAUCUGAAAGAGAAAUACAGGAAAUAGAGAGAGAGACAGAAAAUAACAUCACUGAGAGCAGGGAGAAGGAUAAGACUGAUGGAAGAAAAGAAGAGACAGACAGAGUAGAAAUGGAAACUGAAGAAAUAAACCAGCCAAAGCCUGAAACAGAGACAGCAAGGAGAGAGAUGGGAACUGGAAAGGAAGAGGUGGACAGCAGUGAGAUGAAGCAAGACAUGGGUGAGGCAGAUAGUGGAGAGUUGGGGACUGAAAAAGAGAAUCUGUGUGUGGCACAAGAGACCAUCACGUCUGUGACCGAGAUGAAAACACAGAAGAAUGGAAUGGACAGUCAAGAGACAGAUAGAGAACAUAAAGGAAAUGAAAAAGAAGAUAGAGAGACAGGAGAGGCAGAGAUGGCUAGUUCGGAAAAAGACAGCAAGACAGAGAGUGACGAGAUGGAGGGUGACACAGGAGAUGCAGGGAUAGGGAAGAUGGAGAAUGAGACUGGGAUUGGAAAGCUGGAGAGCAAGACAGAGAGUGGCAGUAUAGAGAGCGAGACAGGGGAGACAGGGAGAGGAGAGAUGGAGAGUGUGGCAGAGAGGGAAGAACUGGAAAGGGAAACACAGAGUGGAAAGCCGGAGAAUGAGACAGGGAUAGCAGAAAUGGAUAGUAGGACAGGGUGUGAAGAGAUGGAAAGUAUGACAGGAGAGACUGGGGGAGGAGAGAUGGAGAGUGAGACAGGAGAGAAAGGUAGAGAAGAAAUGGGGAGUGAAACAGAGGACAUGGAGAGUGAAGAGAUACAUAGUGAGACACUAGAAACAGGCAGAGAGAUGAAGAGCGAGAAAAGCAGGGGCGAAAUGGAGCAUGGGAUAGGAAAGACAAAGAGAGAAGAAGUCGUCAACAAGACAGAAGACACAGGCAAAAUGGGGGUAGAGAGUGAGACAGGAGAGGCAGCAAGAAGGGCAAUGGAGAACAAGACAGCAGUAAAUAUUGAGAGAGAACCUAGCACAGAAGAGGUGGAGAGUGAGUCAGGACACAGAGGUAGAGGAGAUACAGAGAGUGAGACAAGGGGAGGAGAGGUGGGGAGUGAGGCAGGAGAUACAGAAAAGGGGGAGGUAGAGAUGGACACAAAGGUAGUGGUGGUGGAGAAUGAGACAACAAGAGGAGAGGUGAAGACCGAGACAGAGAGCAUAACAGGGAAAGAAGAGAUGGAGAAUGAGAUAGGAGAGAGAGGGAAAGAGGAGAUGGAGAACAUAACAGGGAAGGAAGAUCUAGAGAAGGAGACACUGAGAGGGGAGGUAGAGAGUAUAACAGGGAAGGAAGACAUGGAGAGUGAGACAGGGAGAGGGGCGGUAGAGAGUGUAACAGGGAAGGAAGAUUUGGAGAGUGAGACAGGGAGAGGGGAGGUAGAGAGUGUAACAGGGAAGGAAGAUUUGGAGAGUGAGACAGGGAGAGGGGAGGUAGAGAGUGUAACAGGGAAGGAAGACAUGGAGAGUGAGACAGGAAGAGGGGACAUAGAGAGUAUAACAGGGAAGGAAGACAUGGAGAGUGAGACAGGAAGAGGGGCGGUAGAGAGUGUAACAGGGAAGGAAGACAUGGAGAGUGAGACAGGAAGAGGGGACAUAGAGAGUAUAACAGGGAAGGAAGGCCUGGAGAGUGAGACAGGGAGCGGGGAGGUAGAGAGUGUAACAAGGAAGGAAGACAUGGAGAGUGAGACAAGAAGAGGGGCAAUAGAGAGUGUAACAGGGAAGGAAGACAUGGAGAGUGAAACAGUGAGAGGGAAGCUGGAGAAUGUUACAGGCAAGGAAGACAUGGAGAGUGAGACAGCGAGCGGGGAGGUAGAGAGUGUAACAGAGAAGGAAGACCUGGAGAGUGAGAAAGGGAGAGGGGAGGUAGAGAGUUUAACAGGGAAGGAAGUCAUGGAGAGUGAGACAGGAAGAGAGGAGGUAGAGAGUACUACACUGACGGAAGACAUGGAGAGUGAGACAGAGAGAGUGGAGAUAAAGAGUGUAACACUGAAGGAAGACAUGGAGAGUGAGACAGCGAGCAGGGAGGUAGAGAGUGCAACAGGGAAGGAAGUCAAGGAGAGUGAGACAGGAAGAGAGGAGGUAGAGAGUAUAACAGGGAAGGAAGACAUGGAGAGUGAGACAGAGAGAGUGGAGACAAAGAGUGUAACACUGAAGGAAGACGUGGAGAGUGAGACAGGAAGAGGAGAGGUAGAGAGUACAACACUGAAGGAAGACGUGGAGAGUGAGACAGGAAGAGGAGAGGUAGAGAGUACAACACUGAAGGAAGACAUGGAGAGUGAGACAGGAAGAGGAGAGGUAGAGAGUACAACACUGAAGGAAGACAUGGAGAGUGAGACACAGAGAGUGGAUAUAAAGAGUGUAACACUGAAGGAAGACGUGGAGAGUGAGACAGGAAGAGGAGAGGUAGAGAGUACAACACUGAAGGAAGAAACUGAAAGAGGCGUAGGGAGAGAGGAGGCAGUGUCAAAAAAGGCUGAUGAAGAGAGAAAAAUAGAAAUUGCAGAUACGGUAAAAGAAGAGACUGUUUCAGCAAAUCCAAAGGAAGAAUUAGCAGAGAAAGAAAGCGAGGUGAUGGAGAACGAGGUGAUGGAAACAGAAGAGACUAAGACAAGCAGUUCUUCUGUUCAGAGCAAAAGAAGCACUUCCCAGCCAAAGGUGAGGAUGAAAAGGCAGAGAGGAGCCAGUGCUGGUUCUGCUGAGGUUGUAGAGCAUGUCAAGCGAAAGAGAACCAGGCUCAGUCAACCUGAAGCAAAGCAUGAGGCAAAACAACCAGAUUCAACAGGCCAAGAUGAGAGUGACCAUGAGGAGAGCAUGGAAGUAGGCACUCCAGCACUGAAACAGGAAAAGAAGUCAGGCCACUCCCUCAUAGAGACUCCACCUCCCCAUCUUUCAUCAAAUAAACAGCCAAACACCAUCACUCCUAAAACUCAUAACCGAAGCCAUAGCACUCAGUCCUGCCACAUCACUACUACGUCUUCCCAGCCUCGCAACAUCCCCUCUCGGCCCAAAGAAGCCACUCCAUGCUGUGAUACUAGAACUAAGCGCCCUCAGCCUAACACCACCACCUCUCCGUCUCGGCGUGCCGUCAUCACCAAACACAACAAAACCACCAUUAAAUCUCCUUCUAGAGACAUCACUGCAGACCCCAGUGACCUCAGCGUUCAUGCUAAACCCACCAACAACUCAAGACACCGUGGCGAUAUCACACCAAAACGCAGGAAAACCAGCCCGAAACAUGAAGCCAAACCCAGGGAGCGUCAUGGCAGCUCAGUACCAAACGAGGACAACGACGAGACCAAGGCUACCUAUGGAGUGAGCUUGGCUCAGCGGCUUUUCCAACGGACACUCAGUCCCGCUGAGGUGCUACACGUCCACAGCUAUGCUAAAGGAGACUACAGCGAUCUGGACAGAGAGCAAAGGGACAGCGACACGGACACAGAGACACAGGAGAACGGACAGGGGGCAGAAGACGACUCUUAUGAGGCACUAAACAGUCUAGUGAGGCUGCCCAGACAUCAUCCUUUAAUAAAGGACAGCAUCAGUGACGAGGAGCUUCAGGACCAGGCCUUGAUUGAGGAGGAUGGUUUAGAGGGUGAGCUGUGGGCUAAGCCUCUGGCUCAGCUGUGGCAGAACAGGCCUUACAACGAACAGCGAGAGAGAGAGUACAAUAGAGGGAUCGGCCUCCAACCACCAUACUGUGCCGUUUGUAUGAUCUUCCAGACACACCAGCGGUCUGAAGAGACCGACUGUGAGCAGACUACAGUUCAGGCUGGACGUCAAAUGAGGACAAAGCCACUGAUCCCCGAGAUGUGUUUCAGCACAACCACAGAAGAGUGCACUAAACUUCAACUGGCUACUCCGCACUUGGAUCAGGAUGGAACCAGUCUGCUCGUUAGCUGCUCCCAGUGCUGUGUGCGUGUACAUGCCAGUUGCUAUGGUGUUUCACCUGAGAAAGUUACAAAAGACUGGAAAUGUGCCCGUUGCAAAGCCAACGCCCUCACGGAGAGUUGUUGCCUGUGCUCAUUAAGAGGUGGAGCCUUACACAGAGCCAACAAUGACAAGUGGGUGCAUGUGCUGUGUGCAGUGGCGGUUUUGGAGGCUCGCUUCGUAAACAUCACAGAGAGAUCUCCAGUGGAUCUCAGUGGCAUUCCCUUACAGAGAUUUAAGCUGAAAUGUUACUAUUGUAAGAGGCGGAUGAAGAAAACGACCGGCUGCUGUGUGCAGUGCUCUCAUGGGCGCUGCCCCACCUCGUACCACCCUACCUGUGCCCAGGCUGCAGGUGUCCUUAUGCAUCCAGAUGACUGGCCUUUCAUCGUCCAUGUCACCUGCUGCCGUCACAAAGGUCCCGUCCAGUCAGAGAGGAAAAAGGAGGCCAUGAGGGAAAUCAACACAGGCCAGAGAGUGAUCUGCAAGCACAAAAAUGGACGCUACUACCAGUGCGAUGUGGUUCAGCUGACAAAAGAAACAUUCUAUGAGGUCAACUUUGAUGAUGGCACCUUUAGUGACAACCUCUUUCCUGAGGACAUUGUGAGCCGUGACUGUGCCCAGCUGGGUCCUCCACCCAUGGGAGAGGUGGUGCAAGUGCGUUGGACAGACGGAAUCAUUUACGGAGCCAAGUUUGUGGCAGCUCACGUCAUUCAAAUGUACCAGGUGGAAUUUGAGGAUGGCUCACAGCUCACAGCCAAGAGAGAUGAUGUCUACACAUUAGACGAAGAACUGCCCAAAAGGGUGAAAUCCAGACUGUCGAAGGCAUCAGACAUGCGUUUCGACGGUAUCUUCGGAGAGAAGAAGCUGCAGGACAGCAAGAGGCAGCGCGUGAUAAACUCCAGAUACAGAGGCGACUACAUCGAGCCGGUCAUCUACCGAACCAUCAUGGAGUAACCAGCAACAGCAGCAGCAUCUUCCUCCUCACAGCACCAGCAUUGAUUGAGCAAAGCUCCCACCCACUAGUCUCACAACACGAAGUGAGAUCGUUUCUUUCUGUGUGUGUGACGUUGUACACAUCUACUUUUUUAACAAGUUUUAAUCGCUCCAAGAGCAUUGCCAUCACUCUGAUCUCUGAAAAGCUUUUAGUGAAGGCAUUUUAAAAUACACACACAGCCUGUGCCACAUCCUUUCAGACAUGAUGUGGUUUUUAUAUCCUUCUUGGAAAUUGAGCCACUUAUGCAUACACUUUGGCCAGAAAGCAUUAGAGUUUGUACUAGUUUUAUACAGAUCCUCGUUGUUUCCUCCUGUUUGCAUUAAUUUAUUUCCCUCCAAGUUCAGGGUGCUAAUACUUGCCCAUAUAUUUUUAUGGAACGGAGGAACCAUUGCCAUUUUAUCAACAUGAACACCUCCUUUUUUUUUUUUUUUUAAUCCACACUGUUGUCAAAUUGUACAGCUGCAUUCCUGGAUAUUGUAGAUUAUUUGCAACAUAAUGAAUUUAGAUUUGUUUUGUUCUGAUUUUGUUUAUUGUUUUUUUUGUUUGUUUUUUUACCAGUCUAUUUAUUAGAUGGUGCUUUCUGAAAGUAGCCUUUGCAAUAUAACUGAAUUCUAACAGCACUGUCAUCUAGGCAGACAAUGUUGUUUUUGUUGUUAUCAGCUGGGAGGUUCUUUCAAAAUGCCACGGAUUUCCUUCCUUCCUCUCAGCUAGCUCUGCUGUACAAGGUGUUUGAAGAUUUGCUUUGCACUGCUGUUCAGUCAGAGGUGUGUUAUGUUUAUUACUUACAGCUUUGGCAAUCUUAAUCAGAACCCUGGUUGGCUUAAGCCCGACGCUAAGGUUCACAUAUCAUGCUAAAUCUUUCGCCUUCAUCACCACGCACAAUAUUAUUGCGAUGAAUUGCAUUAAAAUAAGUGUUGAUUGACAUUUGAACUGUUAUGGCAGUCCCCAAGGUAAACUAUUCAAACUUAUAUACACUACCCGAACCUCAGAUGCUAUUCAGCGGUUAUAUUGCGCCAUAUUUUUUUAAUCGUUAAAAAAAUUGGGUAACUAAAACUAGCUAGCUAGCUUCUGUUGACUUGCUAUAAAGUUAGCCCAAUUUUGGAACACCUUGGCUGAACAAGUAGCCGGCUAAUGGCUCCAUAAUGGCUAGCUUGGUAGUUUAACACCCUAAAAUGAAGUAUCUCCAAAACAGUGUAUUAAAUGAGCUGGCAUUAACAAGAUUCUGUUAUUUUAGUAGCAAAGGCUUACCUAAAUAGCCUAACUAACAAGAUCCUCCAGGGUCUUUGUGUAAGGACGGCAUCAGAGGGACUGUGGCCGACGGUUCUGUCCGUGGUCCAGUGAACAGAAUUGGUGGUGUUCCCUUCUCUAAGACUGUUUUCAAAUGAAUCAGCUAAUUUUAAGCAAGAGCACUGUCUUUUUGCUGACUUUAUUUUGAUGAGCUAAAUGGAACAGAAUUGAUUUUGAGAGCACAAAUGCUUCCCAGUCUAUACUGCCUACCCAGGCAGCUUCUUCACAAAUGGAAGGCAGCACAUAAUAAUAACAUUCUGAAUUAUCCACUAUGAUAAUAGGGUGCCUGUUUAAUAUUGAGAUAUUUUGUAUAUAAUAUUCAAGACUAUCAGAAUAUGCCUAACCCCCAUGCUUUAAAAAAAAAAAAAAAAAAAGCUAGUUUUGCACUUCUAUGCUGUACUCCUAAUAAAUUGAUUUGCUCUAGCCACGUUUCUGAAACAGACACUCGCUCAUGAAGGCCUUUUAAAGCCUGUGAUACGAUGUUGUAGCGUGUGUCUGAGGUUAACAGCUAUCAGAUGUUUAAGUCCCUUUCACUCAGCAGAAAGGGAUCUAUACAUAUAUCACCACUUAAAAAUGACUUAUUACAAAUGUUUUUUUAUUAUUAUUAUUAUUAUUAUUAUUAAGAAGCCUAUUUUAUUGCUUUGUUUUAUAAUAAGUGUUUAAUGUUUAUAUGCUGUGAGAAAUAGAGUUGUAUGUAGUUAAUUUAAGAACUGGCAGUGUAUUUUCCCCCAACUUGCUUCUUUAAGAUUAAGCCUCAGUCACACUGAGAGCCGAGGUUCUGAGAUGUCUGUUCCUGUCUUUUGUAAAGAUUAUCAGUGUGUCAGUAAAAUGAUGUGGGCUUACA